AACUGGGUUACCCGAUGCAUCGUCGCUCCGCUCUGGGGUUUUACUUUACCUCUUCCCGCAAUAGUUUCGCCAGCCCCUUGAGCUUCUUUUCUUCGACCCGAAAACCCUCUGGAGUUCGGUUCCGUUGCAGGCGCUCAAGGUUGAAAGGUCGUUAGGUCAGCAUCAAUCAUGGGAAAGUCUAGAAAAGAUUCCAAUGCGAAAGCGGAGCGGAAGUUCGAGAAGAGGCUCGAUUUCUACAACAAGGUUAAGGAUUCGGUUGUUCUGAAUGCUACCAAGUCGAUUGCCAAGCAGAAGAAGAAACUCAGAAGUCGACAAAAGAAGUUGAAGCCGUAUGACCUUUCCACACUGUCUGAGUUUCUUCCUGAGUUGAAUGCUCCAAAACAGAGAGCACCUGAAAAGGAGUUUAAACUGAACUGCAAGUCGAGGAGAAAGCUAUUGGAGAUUGAAGGGAAACAACUGAAUACUGUUCUCAACCAUCCAGCUUUCCAGGCUGAUCCAUUUGGAUCCAUCCAUCAACAUGUACUGAGCACUUUGCCUCCUGCAGAAGAUAAACCUAGGAAGAAGGACAACAAGAAUGGCAAGAAAAAGAAAUCGAAAAGUAAAAAGUCCAAGUCUUCUUCUGGACCUGCUUCUAUGGAGUACUGAUGUAAUAGGUUGUGAGUUUUGUAUGGCAACAGGAAGAAAUCAAAACGAUAAAAACUCGAAAUAGUCCUCUGGACUUGCGUUGAUGUAGUACUGAUGUAAUAGGCUCGAGUUUUGUAUGUUUUUAGCAAAAGAGGAGAACUCAACCGAUGUAAAUGCCUUCACAGACUUUGAACUCAGUCUAUCAGAGUUUGGUGCAAUUUUGAAUGAAUCAUUAGCUUCUUUUCA